AUGAAAUGUGCUGAUGCUGAGUCUGGAAAAGAAAGCUUGGAUGUUUAUCUUUAUCUACACUGUUACGCUCUAGAUUGUGCAUCGCAUCACCUAUUUCACCCAUAUGGAACACACUCCAUCGAGGGAGAAGAAGACCUAGAAAUGAUGCGCGAGCUAUCCUACUACCCCACCAUCCAAAGCAACUUCGCACAAUACUACUGGCCCACGCUCUCAGACCUCUUCAGCAAACCACGCCCCUCGCCUCUGGCCAACAACUACGUGCUAUCAACAGCGCAAAAGCCCGACCCUGCACCGCAGACCCUGCUGUACAAACUCCAGAAAAGCAAAGACUAUUUCGCGCAGAUGGAGAUAGCAGCAGAAUGCAUGGAUCACCUAGCCGCAGGGAUAGACACGACGGGCGACGCGCUCUGUUUCCUGCUGCACGCACUCUCGCUCCCAUCUGGCGCCCCCAUCCAAGAAAAACUCUCCCAGGAACUCUCACUUCCCCAGAAUGAAUAUGCGCCGCUGGACGAGUUGCCGUAUCUAGAUGCGGUUAUUAAGGAGGGCUUGAGGUGCUUCCCGGUGAUCCCCAUGUCGCAGCCUAGAUAUGUGCCGAGUGGUGGCAGGGACAUCGAUGGGUAUUUCGUACCGGGCGGUACGAUUGUCAGUUGUCAAGCUUGGAGCGUGCACAGUCUGAACGAGCAUGUAUAUCCGCGCGGAAUGGAGUUUUUGCCAGAGAGAUGGCUGGAGCCAGCUGCCAGCUUGGAUAUGAACAAGUUGUUCUUCGCCUUUGGCGCUGGAGGAAGGGGUUGCAUUGGGAGACAUUUAGCGAUGGCUGAAAUGAGAUGUUUACUAAAAGGCAUAUAUUCACGAUUCAAGACAAGUAUUGCGCCUGAUAUGAAGGGAAGGAUGACGCUUUCGGACCAGGUCGUCUCGAGUCGGCCUUUAGAUCAGACCUGCAAGCUUAUUUUCGAGGCCAGGGCCAAGAAUGAGGCUCAGAAGUAA